AUGCAGGAGCUGGUGGCUGGGGUGGAGAAGAUCAGGUUUGACCUGGAAACCGAUGUGGAGCAGCAGAGAGGAGCCCGGCUCCUGCCCUUCCCGGAGCUGGGGGCGGCCGCCUGCGAGUUCUUCCGCCGAGGGCUCUGCUCCAAGGGCCUGCUGUGCCCCUUCCGCCACGUCAGUGGCGACAGGACGGUGGUUUGCAAGCACUGGCUGCGGGGGCUCUGCAAGAGAGGCGACCAGUGCGACUUCCUGCACGAGUACGACGUCACCAAGAUGCCCAUGUGCUACUUCUACUCCAAAUUUGGCGAGUGCAGCAAUAAGGAAUGUCCCUUCCUGCACAUUGAUGCCACAAGCCGCGCCACCGGCUGCCCCUGGUACGACCGCGGCUUCUGCAAGCACGGGCCCCUGUGCAAGUACCGGCACACGCGGCGCGUGCUGUGCACCAACUACCUCGUCGGCUUCUGCCCGGAGGGACCCAAGUGCAGGUUCAUGCACCUCAAGGCCGGGCUGAUGUGCAGCAUGGAGCAGACCAAGGCUGGUGACCGUCCCCGAGGGCCGGCACAGGGGAGCGAGCGGCAGCGCCCGGAGCCGCGGCCGGCAGCCAGCACGGCCGAGCAGCCCCUGGGCCCGCAGCGCCUGCCCGAGCCCGUCACCCGCUUCAAGCCCAUUUUUGGGGGUGUUUUGGAGCUGCGGGGCUGGCCGGCAGCCUUUCCGUGCCAGCUGGGCUGCGAACUGGCCGGGCACAACGUGGUGCCUGGGUCAAAACGCCCUGGCUGCGAGGAUGGGGAGGGCUGA